CGUAAAUAAAUAAAAUGCAAAAAAUUGGCAACAAACUUAUUUUAAAGCAGGCCUUAGUAUUUUUUAAAAUUAUAAAAUAAGUUUUGGCUAGAUAUGGAAAUGACAGGAUUAAAUGUAUUUUAAGACUAGAUUUUGGAAUGUGCUUGUAUUUUGACAGACUAUAAAUUGGGGACAAUAAUAAAAGGUCCACAUUUGGUUAUUCAUGCUGAUAAAUAGAUUUUAGAUGGAAUGGAUUAAUGGUGUACAACUACUCAUAAAGGAUCAGGAUUAUAUGAGGAAUGUUUAAAUUCAACAAUAACAGUGUAAUAGGCAGAGGAAUAAAUACUAAAUUUUUUAAUUUAAAAUAAUAUACCUCCAAAAUAAUUGCCAUUAGCAGGAAAUUCAGUUUAUAUGGAUAGAUUAUUUGUAAUGAAACAUAUGCCUAAAUUGGAUUAAUUUCUACAUUAUCGAAUAGUGGAUGUCUCAUCUAUAAAAUUGUUAUGUAAAAAUUUAAAUCCUUAUGUUUGCAAUCAUUAACCAUAAAAGAAAUUGAAUCACAGAGCUAUGGAUGAUAUAUUAGAGAGUAUAGAAGAACUCAGAUACUAUUAAGAACAUUUUUUGAUAUGCAAAUAGCUUUGA